GCCCCUACACGGGAUGUACCACCGGACCAUAACUGAAGUGGCUGAUCUCAAGAAGUCCUAUCAGUGGCUAGAGAGGGCUGGCCUGAAGGACAGCACAGAGGCACUCAUCCUGGCUGCUCAGGAGCAGGCCUUGAGCACCAGAGCCAUCGAGGCCCAGAUAUACCACACCAGACAAGACCCAAGGUGUAGGUUGUGCAAAGAGGCACCUGAGACGAUCCAACACAUAACUGCAGGGUGUAAGAUGCUGGCAGGGAAAGCCUACAUGGAACGCCAUAACCAGGUGGCUGGUAUAGUCUACCGAAACAUCUGUGCGGAGUAUGGACUGGAAACCCCAAGGUCAAAAUGGGAAACACCUCCGAAGGUGUUGGAGAAUGACAGAGCGAAGAUCCUGUGGGACUUCCAGAUCCAGACUGACAAGAUGGUAAUGGCGAACCAACCAGAUAUCGUGAUCAUAGAUAAAGGGCAGAGGAAAGCCGUUGUAGUGGAUGUAGCGGUCCCAAGUGAUGGAAACAUCAGGAAGAAGGAACAUGAGAAACUGGAGAAAUACCAAGGGCUCAGAGAGGAGCUGGAGAGAGCCUGGAAGGUAAAGGUGACAGUCGUGCCUGUGGUGGUCGGAGCACUCGGGGCAGUGACCCCCAAACUAGAUGAGUGGUUGCAACAGAUCCCGGGAACAACAUCGGACAUCUCAGUCCAGAAAUGUGCAGUGCUGGGAACAGCAAGGAUACUGCGCAGAACCCUCAAGCUUCCUGGCCUCUGGUAGAGGACCCGAGCUGAAUGAGGGACGGACACCACCCGAAGGGUGAGAUGAGGAAAAAAAAAA